GUGUGACGUUACGGUGCAUUACUAUAGAGUGAAAUGUUGUGAUGAGCAGGACUAAUUACAGAUGUCUAAAGGAAGCCUCUCUAUAGAGGCACCUGUUAAUCUUCCCAUCAUGGAGGAGUCUGUAUCGGAUAGUGAGGUUGACUUCUACAAUCCCAAAUCCGAGCACAAGUCCAAUGUUCCAAGGAAAGGUACAAAGCGCUGGGCCUACGCUGUAAGGCGUGCGUCGAUUGGCUGGUCACCUCACUAUAGCCAGAGUACAGAUAGUACGACUGAUCAUAGUGGAGAGACCGCCAUCCAACCAGAACGGGUGGUAGAGCUUCUACGCUCGCCUUCAGUUCAAACAUACACAACACUUAAACGGAAGCUUCUAAAAGCCAAGGCGAAUCCGGAAUGGAUUCUUCGAUUUCUCCAUAGCGAUGGAUUGGAAUUAUUGUUCGAAAGUUUGGAACAAAUUUCUAAACAAAGGCCAAAUAGUUUUUUGGAUGCCGUACUUCAGGUUGGGUGUGUAGAGUGCGUGAAAACCGUUAUGGAUAGCUCGCUUGGAUUGGAUUACAUUGUGGAAAAUAAGGAUUUUACACCUAAAUUCGCAGCAGCUUUGGAUACUGACAAUGUGACUGUAAAGAAGCAAGUGUUCGAACUCCUGUCCGCACUCUGUGUGUACUCGAAAGAUGGGUACAAACGAGCGCUGGAGGCGCUGGACAAGUAUAAGGUGGCGAAGAAGCAGAAAUACCGUUUCUCUCUGCUAAUUGACGAACUGAAGUCGGCAGAGAGUGUUGAAUAUAAGACCAUUCUUUUGGAGUUCAUCAACUGUAUAAUAAUAUAUACCCAAAAAAUAGAGGAUCGAAUUCGCAUCCGAAACGAGUUCUUCGGUCUAAAAUUGCAGGAAGUCAUCAAUCAGUUACGACGACAAGAUGACCUUGACCCAAACGUCAACGUACAGUUGGAUGUUUUCGUAGAACACAAGGCUAAUGACGAUGAACAGCUUCCUGGGGCAAAGGGUGUGGACCUUAACUGCUCCCUCGAUGUCUUCCACACAAUCUUUAAAACGGUGGACGAUACUCCACAGGAAAUACACUUCCUCACGUGCCUACAACACAUGCUAAAAAUAGACCAAAACGAUGCCAACUGUGACAUAAUCUGGCAGACCGUAGAAAAACUAGUAUGUAGAGCAACGCUUGUGGAAUCUGAGGCGGACGCACAAAAACUGUUGAGGAAACGUGAACGGUCGACGGACGGCCUACAAUGUCCGAACUGCAAGGCCCAUGAACGCGUUACGUCACCACGACGGGGAAAUAGUUCUAGUUCUGUGGCUCUGCCCGGUUUGACAGACAGCAAUGAGUCCACAAAAACUGUGCCUACACCGGCUCCACCGGGACCACCACCACCACCUCCUCCCCCAGUACCGGGAGGGGCGCCACCACCGCCUCCCCCUCCUCCGCCAGGUAUAGGUGGCGCACCACCAGCCCCACCACCUAUGCCAGGAAUGCCCUCUGUCCCUGGGGCUCCCCCUCCCCCACCAUCUUUCAACAUGAAGGGGCCCAAUGCCCGUAAUGGCGUCGUAAUUAAACUACCUCAGCAAAACGUGCCCAAGCCGAAGACAAAGAUGCGUUCUUUACAGUGGCAGAAAAUCCCAACAAACAAGGUGCUUUCUGGGAAACCAAACAUUUGGUCAACAGCAGGACGUCGCUUCAACGGUUACGUUAGUAAUAUGGAUUUUGAAGCGAUCGAGGAACUCUUCAGUGUGCCUUCGCCUCAGGCACCAGCUAUUUCGACUAGCAACAACGGUUCAUCGGGCACACUGGAGCGGAAGAAGAAGGAAUCAACAGAGAUCAAUCUUCUAGAUGGCAAAAGAAGUUUGAAUGUAAACAUCUUCCUGAGGCAGUUCCGCAUGCCAAACGACCAGAUUGUCCAGUUACUGCGUGACGGAGUCAGUGAGAGGUUUGAAUCGGAGCGUCUCAAAGGCUUGCUAAGGAUUCUACCAGACCAAGAUGAAAUUGAAAGGCUACAUAAUUUCGACGGUGACAAAGAGAGACUUGGUAGUGCUGAGAAGUUCUUUUUAUGUCUCCUCGGCCUUCCACAGUACAAACUGCGAAUAGAAGGUAUGUUAGUGAAGGAGGAGUUCAAAUCCAACAUGGAUUACAUCAAACCUCACGUGGAAGCCGUAAUUGAAACUGCAAAUCAAAUAAAGGCACAUGAUGAUCUGCAAGAACUCUUCUACUUGGUGCUAAUAGCAGGAAAUUACUUGAAUGGGGGAAACUAUGCUGGCGACGCCGCAGGAUUUAAGCUGUCCUCUCUUAUAAAAUUGACGGAAACAAGAGCUAAUAAACCCAGAAUGAAUCUUCUUCAUUUCGUCAUAAUGCAAGCCGAAGAUAAAAAUCCCGAACUUCUGACCUUUCCAGAAAAAUUGAAGUAUCUAAAAGAUGCAACCCAGGCUCCUCUGGAGUCAUUAAGUUCCGACAUCACUAACCUUGCCCACAGGGUGAAGGGCAUAUCUCAGGAACUGGAGACAGUGGGUACUGACUUCAAGGCACAAAUGGCUGGGUUUUUAACGGACGCAGAAAAAGAUAUUAAGGAAUUGCAAGCAGAUUUGAAAGAUAUGGAGAGUCUACGCCUUGAGUUAGCUGAUUUCUUCUGUGAAGAUAGAAACACAUUUCGGCUUGACGAAUGUUUCAAAGCAUUGCACACUUUCUGUGAACGGUUCCAGAAAUCAAUUGUGGAAAAUGAGCAACGGAAGAAGCAAGAGAAAAAGGCAGAAGCCAGACGAAACCAACAGAUGAAAGAGAGCGUGAAGAAGGAGACUUCAGUGGAAGACUUGAAGUCUCCGGACGAGAUGGUCAUGGAGAGAGGAGAAGGCGAACAACAGGAUGGUUCCAUACUGGAUAUUCUACUAGCAGAUGUCCGACGUGGAUUCACCGGUAAAAGAUUAGGAGAUAACAAUUUCUCUGUUAAAAAAGUGCAGAAAAUCAGCUUGAGUGGAAAUAAUAACAAUACAAAAGAUGAUUCCGAUAACAAAAAGGAAAAGGAGAAAUUCCAAAGGGGUGGAUAUGGUCGGAGCAGUUUUCGAAAGAAGAAUGUAGCACCUCAACCAGAUGACAGUGCAGAUUCCGAGAGUACAUGUAGUAGUUUGGAUGAUGCAAAUGAUAUUAAUUCUAACAAAAUAACGAAAGGAACAGAUGACAAUCUUUUUCAUAUUCUCAUGACUGCUGAAACCAAACCCUCGGAAUCAAAAUUUGAGCGCUUCGGAAGUUUACGCAGAAAACGAAAUGAGCGCCAACAGAACAAAACUCUUGAUGUUUUUGGUGAUCGUGAACGUGCUCAGUCACCAUCAGUAGACACAAUAAAACAGGAGGACAGUGUUCCAAAGAGAUCAAGAACACCAACGUCGGUCGGUGGUGCUAGACCGCGAUCCAGUGAAAUUGAAGAUGAAACUCCUAAAAGACCCGUCCGAAGGGUCCAAAGUAUGGUCGAAAAGUCAACGGUGGAAAAAGCUAUUGCUAAUCACGAAUCUAUAGAAAAAAAUGAAAACACUGUAGCCGAACGCUUGAAACGGAAAUUAGCUGGUGGUCGACGUGAUUCUAAAUCACCCGACCCCAUGUCCAAUCGUCCGAUUACACCUGUUGGAGACACAACUGUCUCAUCUGGUACUGAUGUUGACACAGGCGAUGCAAAAGCAUCUCCACGUUGGAGAAGUGGGAUUGACUCGACACCACGAGGUCUACAGACCAUCGACGAAAAGGGGCGGUUAGAAAUUUCUGAGUUAGCUAAAACAAAAGAAUCAUCAGACACAAAGGAUAGUUCAGUAACGAGUUCCAUGGAGCAAAGUCGCGAUAGAAUGCAAAGGCGGUUUAGUGAAAAAGACAUUAAUGCAUCUCACAUUAAAACUCUUCUUGAGAAUGUUAAACCUAAAGAGGAAACUAACAGUGAUGAAGAGCCUCGUGUUUCCAUCUCACUUAAGAAAAUGAUUGGUCGCCGUUGGCAUAGUGAUCUAGGAAAAACAGACAUUGAUCAAGUUCUCAAGCAAAUUGAGGAUAGUGAAAAACGAAAAGAGCCAAUUCCAAGCGAACAAGUUGUACCCCAGGCGCAAAGUGAACAGGCCGAUGAAUCGGAAGCAUUAAAACAGCGCAGAAGCAAGCGGAAACUCCGAUCUCACCUGUCCAUGGAGGAUGUUCAUACUGCUAUGCAAACAUUCAAACCGGACACCAAUCCUUCGUCGGCUACUGAGGACAACAUAACUACAACUGUCACUGCAACUAUGCACCCGGUACCGAAAUCACCGGUUUCGCCAAAAGGACGUUCGCGUUCUGGUAGUGAAAGCGAUAGCAAAACACCAAAUAAAGAGAACAAAUCGCAGAAGGACAAGGAUUCAAGCACCGUUAAGAAGGCCGCAAAACUUGCAGCGAACAUGCGAUUUAGACUUAAACGUUUCGGUGACAAAGACAAAAGUCAAUCUAAAAAAUCCAAUGGCAGAUGGAAGAGUGACGUGCAGCGUGACGAAGUCGAUCAGGCACUAAAGGAGGCUAAGAGUGGCAUGAGUAGGUCUAAGUCAUACGAUGAAUCUGUAGCGAGAAAAGCAGCAAGUGAAAACGGUCACUUUUCUCUCGCGGAUGGAAAAGAGACUGAUUACCCUGAAUCCGAACGAAGAUCAUCGCUGCGUGGAAGUGUUGGUCGUCUGAGUGCUAGUGAUCCCCGGAGGAAUGGUCAUUAUUUUCCAACGAGUGAUAGUGACAGCGAGGUGCCACCAGAUGGUACGUCAUCCCCGAAACGAGCUUUAAGCUACAAAAGUGACAGUCCUAAGAGUUCUAGUAGGCUGUCGAUCAAGUCUACCAGUACUUCCACAGAGACAUUACGUUGUGAUACACCUUACAGUGACACCGAGAGUUCUAGUACCGAUCAGCUAGCUUCAUCAAAGCGUUCGUCUGUGAAUAGUGACUUUAAUUCAUCAGAGCCAGUCGCUCCGCCUCGUCGGAGGCCAGUUAGCAUGAUAGAAAGAAACGAAAUAGAAGAUGCAAUGGUAAGCUCUAAUGAUUUAGAAGAACAAGAUCAAUUACCACACACUCUUCUUUCGAAAUGGAAGGAGAGACGAGUUACAAAUAGGAGACAGAGUCAUUAUGAUAAUGUGACUGACGACACGCCGAGUUCUCCACGAGCCAACCAUGAGUCACAUCCCACACGAACUUAUAACGGUUUGACAAUAAAUCACAAGUCGGAAGGAAGUGGCGACUCUUUCCGUAAUGACAUUGGCUCCAGGUGUAGCUACGCAAGCAGUAGUGACAGCGCCCGUGAUGAAGGGUUCGAGACAAUGUCCGGCACGGUCUCUCAAAGAACAUCUAUGAGCAGUACGUUAGAAUCUGAGCUUAUCCCUACUUUCAGUCGCAAACCGGAACCCUCUUCAAAGGUGUUUGUUAGCGACAAACUGAAUGAGCCAGAUAUCAUCAUCCCACCAAAACAGGAAAUAACUGUGGCACGCGCGCAAAAGCAAUCUGAGUUAGCAGCAAGGAAACAGCGAACGGAAUCCUGGACUGAGGCAGUUGUUGCUACAAAUCUUAAAGAUUCGUCACUGGACUCCUCUAUUGAAUACUCCGCCACGUCACCGGACAGUGGUCAUGGCACAUCAAAGGAAGACGUGUGGAGUUCCAACUUGGAUCUUGUUGCCACACUUAGGGAAGGUUCACCUGCAAGUCCAAUAACAGUUAAUCCAAAAGGAGCUCCGAUAGCAGUACCAGAAAAUUCCGAUUUUACCUCGAAGCAAAAGCGCGUUCCGAGUUACAUGAAAAACACUGCUUCGAGUGGAACAAGGACUCAGCGAACAACGUCAACGGUAAAUGAUAAUAAGAGGAGAAGCACUUCAGCGAAUACAUCGACAAAAUCUACCACAAAGGCGUCAGUAAGAAAUUCGCGAACAAAUCUGAACAAAUCUAAAACGACCGAAUCAAAUACAAGCAUCGUGUCAUUAGUGAGUGGGGUAUCCGACAUUCAAUCGCCAUCCACUUCCAAGUCAACUCCGACUAGGAAAUCGUCUAACACUAGCACUCGUGCAAGUACACCAUUGUCUCGUUCAACGACACCUCACCCACCCUCAUCUUCAUCACGAUCAACAACGCCUCACUCGUCUUCCCGGCCUGUCACACCCCUCGACCGUCCGACAACCCCUUCUCAUCGUACACCAUCUUCCGGUUCUAAGGGAUUGUCUAGGACGCAAUCACUACGCGUUACAUCAACAACUCCUAGACCCAGUUUAGGAUCUUCAGCAGACAAGAAGCGUCUAUCGUCGAUUGGUACAGGAUCAGAAAAACCAAAAGAGAAAAGUGCAACACCACGUCGAUCAUUCAUGUCUCCUACAGCAUCGUCUGCCUCCAAAUUACGUGAUGAUGGAGCUACGUCUCCCGUGCCCCCCACGCCGCCACCACGCACAACAUCAGCUAGUACCUCUGCUUCCAGCAAAACCACCAAACCUGUCGAUACAAAAACCAAAUCAAAGGCUCCAGCACCUCCUGCAAACACAACACUCGACCCUUCCCCAUUGAAGCGACAUAACAGCAUGCGCUUACCAGCCGCUAAGGCCGCAGCCAGUAGACUUACGCAUAAGGAGUAUCCACUAAGUUCUAAAGAGGCUGCAGCACAAACAACGGAGAACAAAUCCAAAUCAAUUAUGGGCAGGUUAGGCGGUAACAAAGUUAAGCCUGAUUCUGCUGGUCUGACCCCUAAGAAGCUAGCAACAGUCGACGAACAGGGAAACGACGGUGUUGAAAAAUCAUCAUUUAUGAAAAGAAUGGUUAAUAAGGCUAAAGUAACCAGUCCCAAGAAAUCUACAGACAAAAAGACAGAUUCGACAAAAAAAUCAGUGAAAAAGUGAUUUCAUGACAAUGUCCUUCGUGGUGUCGUGUGACGUCCUAUCUAUACGGAUGCAGUGAUGUUUUAACGUACAUUAUGACGUCAUUUUUGCGAUGACGUAAAGUAGUGGUGACUGACCCCUGAGCUGCGGGGAUGUGAUAUUCUACGUGAUACGUCUAUUAUUAUUGAUAUACUCCUAUGUGCCAAAUAUUUCGGACAGCUAUACACCGAUUUGUGCCUGACAUGCCUCGGACAUAAUUGUACCGUAAUACUGAACUGUAUAAGUGCUAUUGAUGAACUGGAAAGUCUUCACAAAACAAUGGGGACUUUUACUGGUGAAGAACAGAAUCUAUGCCUGUCUAGUCUUUGAUAGUAUUUUGAAACAUGUUUAAAUAUCUCUGGGUGUUUAUGACUACACAAACGGUAGUGAAGCUGUUGAACAUUUAAAACAAACCCUCAUUUUUGUAGAGAAAGCUAGCUGACAUUAUCCGCUUUAGGAUAUUCGAGUAGUAGAAAUUGUUUUAAGGAUUAUACAUGUUAUGGAUUUAAACAAAUACAUUAUUUAUUUCAUUGUACAUGUAUAGAGCUGGUCUCAAACUAGACAAACGACAGAUGGCUAAGCUAUCAUUAUUUUAUAUACACCAUUGAAACUUACUGAUGGCGUGACUGGUUAGUCACUGGUAUUUGUAUUAAGAAUGUUACUACUUCUGGUUAGAAGCAUUUGCUAGGGCAUAUUUUGCAUAGUAGACGGCUAAAUAUAGCCAAACUUUUGAGGGUUUGUUUUAGUUGUUGUUUACGUGUACAAAAACGGUCGAUUUAUUACAGUGUUCAUCUUUCGCGAAAAAAUGCAUUUUUGACAUGUUUACAUAAACAUGAUAUUUCGUGAGAAUUUUCGAUUUGAAAAUCGAGAGUCCAUGUUCUUGUAAAACCACCGAUGAUAUUACUUACGCAACAAUGCAAAGACAAACAGAAUGCAUUUCAUUUUGACACCUUUAAGUUCUUCCCAUAGUCCUCCAAUCAAUCACCGUAUAGACCUAACAAUCAAUUGUACACGCGGUGGUACCGGUUUAUUUCGCUGGGUUCACAACGUCAAAUUGGAAUGCAUUUUUUCUGUUAAACUUUUUAUUGAUUGUUAAAUUAUCUUACUGCAGGGAAAUUAUUAAACAUUAAUCGACAUUAAAACAUUUCAUUAUUAUCUUACGUGAAUUUCCGUGAUAAAAAUAGUUCAUUGAUCAUGAAAUAAUUGAAAAUAUGUCAUAGCCAUAAUUUUUAUACAAACGCCCAACCAAAAAAAUCACUGGCUUCCUUCGUAUGUUGUUCAUCAUCAUUCAAAUACAUACAUACAUGUGACUUCAUUGGAACAUCCGUUCUUUUUAACUAUGAAAUUUUCUGACGUAAGAAUCAGAAGUACUUUUAAGCUAGUAUGUUCACGUGUACCAUUUCCUCGUCAGCAAGUACAUGAUACAUUUUAGUAAGGUGUGGUUGUGUGGAUGCCAUUAUUUUGUACGAAUCGCUAAUAGCAAAAUUAUAUCAAUAAUGUUCUUUCUGAGACCUCGAAUGACGGAUGUCUACAAACUCUGCAUCGGUAUCUAAUUUUUGAAAAAUGACUGCAAAUUUCGGAAAAUAGAUCGCUGUGAAGAAUGAUACCUAGUAAUCAUUGUCGUUAACAUUUCUAAGGGAGAAAUAAAUGUUUGUCAAUCCUACCUUGUCCUGGUGCCUAGGUGAAAUAAGGUUAUUUAUAAAAGUAUUUAAUGGUUAUAUGGGCGUAACCGUGAUUUAUUCAUGUUAUUUUAUUUUAUCAUUAUGUCUAUAUCUUAAUUCAGUACUGACAAAACAUUCAAAUUAUCUUUCAACUAUCAUUUUAUUGGAUCAUAUCGGAGACAAAUGUCUGUGUUUUCAUCUCACUCUUCUCAAGAGAAGAAGAUGUUUCCCUACAUUUAUAAUAGUAUAUCGCCUAUACACGUGUUUAUUUCCGAAAUGUAUCAAUUUUAACAAUUCGCUAUCAUUGUGUAUGUAGAUAUACCAUACUGUUUAUAUAGAUACAUACAUGACCAUUUUGAUGUCAAGUUGAAAUGCCGAGUCAUGUCUACUUAAUACACUUGUUAUGUGAUGUUCAUGAGGUUAAGUACAUAAAUUAAACCACCAUAUAUACUGAA